CUCGGCGCAGUGGCCAUACUUAGAAAAUAUGUUCCAGUUUUCUGAAAAUGUUAAAGAUUUGUUUCGUUUUAAAUGUUUGCUUUGCCUAAAACGAACCAUAUCACAGCCUUCAAAAACUUGCAGCCCAAACUGCAGAAGCAUAUUGAGAGGAAGCAUGGAUGUCAAUUGAAGAAAUGUAGUGAACUGACUACAGCUGCCUGCAGAAAAUAUGAGGCUGGGACAUCUUCCUCAAAUUUCAAACAGAUGAAGCUUGAAGAAACAAAAAAGGUGUCUCAAAUAUCUGUUGACAGUGCUAUACUCCGCUUCAUAGUUCAGGGUCUCCAGCCUUUCUCCCUUGUUGAACAGCCAUCAUUCCAAAGAAUAGUCCUGGACUUACAGUCAAAGUGUGUGGUCAUGUCUCAAAUUACUGUGUGGUGCAAGAUUGAUUCAGCCACAAUAACAAUGAAGGAGCAGGUGAAGGAAGCAAUGAAGAAGGCUGCAUACAUUGCCACAACAACUGAUUGUUGGACUGCAAGAAGAAAGAGUUUUAUUGGCAUUACAGCGCAUUGGCUGGAUCCUUGCAGUUUUGAGAGGCAUUCUGUUGCUCUUGCAUUCAAGCAGUUAAAGGGCUCACAUAAGUUUGAUGUCUUGGCAUGUGCAAUGCAUGACAUAUACGCAGAGUAUGAAAUUAGUGAGAAAAUAGUCAGAACCACAACAGACAAUGGUUCCAAUUUCAUUAAAGCAUUUCAUGUGUUUGGACCAGAUGAAAACAAUGUUACUGCUGAAAAGGUAACUGGGGAAGGAAUGACACAAGAAGAUGAUGAUGGUCCUGAUGAUGAAAUGGAAGUGGAAUUCAUCGAUGUUGAAGCCAUUAUGGCUGAAGAUGAUGGCCUUCAGUACCAGUUGCCAAAGCAUCAUCAGCUUGCCAUUUGCUUAAUUUGAUUUCUACAGUGGAUGCCAAUAAUGCAAAUAGGGCAGAGGCCUACAAGAAGCUGUCAUGGUCAGCAUUCUCUAAAUGUCAGGCUUUCUGGAAUAAGACUGCAAGAUCCAGUACUGCUGCAGAGGUUGUUGAAGAGCACUGUAAGCUUCAGCUGGUACAGCCUAAUGCAACAAGAUGGAACUCCUUUUAUUUGGCUGUGGAGCGUAUCGUGAGAAUCCUUAAAGAUCAAGGAGAGGGGGUGGUGAGAGCUGUCUGUGCUGCACUCAAAGUUCCUAUUUAAGUAGCGUUUGUCUGGAAUUGUGUUCUCUUUUUUGUUUCAUUACCUACAACCUUUCUGCAUCAGAAAGCAAAAAAAAAAAAAAGAAAGAAAAAAAAUCCUGUGUAAUCCUUGAUGACCACUUUGUGAGAAUAAAUAUGCUUGAAUGCAUACUGGUUCUGUUUAAAUUUGGGGACAAAAGUAUAUGAUUGGUUUUCUUUUGCUUGCGUUAGGUACAGUCCAGCUGAAAUGGCCUUUUUGGGUGAAUAUACCACCACCAUGAGCCCAGUUGCGAAGGCGACAAACAUAUUACAAGGAGAUUCCAACAUUCAGAUGGGAUGGCUUUUCUCUACUAUUACUACCCUCAUCACCAAGCUUGAGAAAACAAGAGCAUCGCUGAGAUUCUGCAAGCCGCUAGUUGAUGCCCUCCUAGAUGGUUUGAAAAAACGGUUUUAGAUGCUGUAAAGAUGAAUGAAGAGCUGAACUGCUGUUUUAUGGAUGAGUUUAAAAUUUCUCUGUUGUUGUAAGGAAAGGAAAGUGUAAACAAUGGAGCAGCAAAAUGUGACAUUUAAAAGACAACAACACUUUGAAUAACAGCAUACAAACUACAGGGGACAUUUUGUCCUUAGAAAUCCAUUCUUUCACCAAUAUACAGUCCUUUCCUUGUUGAAUAAUUAUCUGAAAGUUCAAAACGAUCUGAAGGAUGAUCUUUAAUUUCUCUCCAGAUUUCUUUCUGUCAAUCUUUUUUAUUUCCCUAAUAAAAAUAUUAAAAAUUAAUAUUUAUUUAUUUUUUCCCUUGAAAAUGUUGGAGCCUUCACUGCACUAUUGUUGGGAUUCUGUAGUUGCUCCAAUGAACUGUAGUGACCGGAAGUGAUGUCACAAUAUUUUAUGUCUCAUUGGUGUCACGAAUCCACCUGACCCUCCUGCCACAUACACACAACCCUCCCUCUCUCCUGAAUACUGAUCACCUGCACCUGCCUCUCAUCACCGUGUCAGUCAGCUCCUCUAGUUAAACCCCACUCUCCCUUCACUUGUUGUCUAGUCUUAACUCAGAAUACAGACUCACUUACCUGAUUCUUCAAAUGUCAUUUCUGCAAUCUCUCCAAGCCUCC